GUCGAAGAAGAAAAGAACACAGACGGGAUACAAGAUGGCGGGUUGUGGACGCUAGCGUACAGGCCGCUGGAGUUGUUGUGUUCUUUGAUUUUUACAUUUCGUUUUACGUCUCCCGUUAUCGUUGUUUUUAAAUGUUAUGGCUUUAUAAAAUAGUUUCAUAAACAGCUUUGUAUAUUCCACAUUUUCCAGACGUGCAUGUAUUAACAUGCAGGUGGAAACAAAGUUAACAAGUCGAGGAUAGAAAACAGUGAGGCGAACGGUGUUAGCUAGUUAGCAGCCAGCUAGUGUGCUAGCUGCCACACGGUUAGCCAUGUCGGACACUCGGCGGAGAGUAAAAGUAUAUACGCUAAACGAAGACCGUCAGUGGGACGAUCGAGGGACUGGACACGUUUCUUCGACUUUUGUAGAACGACUAAAAGGAAUCUCAUUAUUGGUUCGAGCGGAAUCUGACGGUUCACUUCUGCUGGAGUCCAAAAUAAGUCCCAACACAGCUUACCAGAAACAACAGGACACCCUGAUUGUGUGGUCAGAAGCAGACAACUAUGACCUUGCCCUUAGCUUCCAAGAAAAAGCAGGCUGUGAUGAGAUUUGGGAGAAAAUAUGCCAGGUACAGGGCAAAGACCCAGCCCUGGAUAUUACACAGGACCCAAUCGAUGAAUCUGAAGAGGAGCGCUUUGAUGAGAUCCCUGAGACCAGCCACCUGGUGGAGCUCCCUCCCUGUGAGUUGGGCCGACUGGAAGAGAUCGCUGACCUGGUCACUUCAGUUCUUUCAUCACCAAUUAGGAGAGAGAAACUGGCCCUAGCUUUGAUGACUGAAGGCUACAUAAAGAAGCUGCUUGGGCUUUUCCGUGUUUGUGAGGAUCUGGACAACAGGGAAGGCCUUCACCACCUGUAUGAAAUUGUCAGGGGAGUGUUGUUUCUCAAUAAAGCUGCACUGUUUGAAGUGAUGUUCUCCGAUGACUGUAUUAUGGAUGUGGUGGGCUGCCUUGAGUAUGACCCAGCACUUGUACAGCCAAAACGCCACAGGGAGUUCUUGACCAAGACGGCAAAGUUUAAAGAGGUGAUCCCUAUCACAGACUCUGAACUCCGACAAAAGAUCCAUCAGACCUACCGGGUGCAGUACAUCCAGGACAUCAUCCUACCCACACCCUCUGUUUUUGAAGAAAACUUUCUCUCUACCCUCACUUCCUUCAUCUUCUUCAACAAGGUGGAGAUUGUGAGCAUGUUGCAGGAGGAUGAGAAGUUUUUAACAGAAGUCUUUGCCCAGUUAACUGAUGAAGCUACCGAAGACGGUAAAAGAAGAGAACUUGUCAAUUUUGUGAAGGAAUUCUGUGCUUUUUCACAAACACUGCAACCCCAGAACAGAGAUGCUUUCUUUAAAACACUGGCAAACCUUGGAAUUUUACCUGCUCUUGAGAUUGUGAUGGGAAUGGAUGAUCUGCAGGUGAGAGCAGCAGCGACAGACAUUUUCUCCUACCUUGUUGAAUUCAGCCCCUCCAUGGUCAGGGAGUUUGUAAUGCAGGAACCUCAACAAACGGAUGACGAUGUGCUUUUAAUAAAUGUAGUAAUCAAGCAGAUGAUUUGUGACUCUGAUCCAGAGUUAGGAGGUGCUGUUCAGCUGAUGGGUUUGCUCAGGACACUCAUUGACCCUGAGAACAUGCUGGCCUCCACAAAUAAAACUGAGAAGACUGAGUUCUUGAGUUUCUUCUACAAAUACUGCAUGCAUGUAUUGACUGCUCCCCUUCUGGCGAAUACAGCACAUGACAAAAACUCAAAAGAUCUACAAGAUGGCACAACUAAAAUGAACCCAGUCUGUCCAGAUAACUUCCAGACAGCCCAGUUGCUAGCUCUCAUCUUGGAGCUCCUGACCUUCUGUGUGGAGCACCACACAUAUCACAUCAAGACAUACAUCAUGAAUAAAGAUCUGCUCAGGAGAGUUUUGGUGCUCAUGAACUCAAAACAUACUUUCCUAGCGCUUUGUGCGCUGCGUUUUAUGCGCAGGAUCAUUGGCCUCAAGGAUGAGUAUUACAACCGCUACAUCAUUAAAGGGAAUCUGUUUGAACCUGUCAUAAAUGCCCUACUGGACAAUGGUACUCGAUACAACCUGCUUAACUCUGCCAUCAUUGAGCUUUUUGAGUUUAUUAAAGUGGAGGACAUUAAGUCUCUGAUUGCUCACAUUGUGGAUAACUUCUACAAAGCACUUGAAUCCAUUGAGUACGUUCAAACUUUUAAGGGCCUGAAAGGGCGGUAUGAGCAGGAGAAGGACAGGCAAAGCCAGAGGCUCAACAGAUAUCGCCGGGAUCCAAGGUCACUGGAUGAAGAUGAGGAGUUGUGGUUUAAUGACGAUGAAGAUGAUGAAGAUGGUGAAACAGUGGAUAAAGGCCGCAUGGAAGAGGAUUUCUCUGACAGCUACGGCAAGUACAUGGAGGCCAAGAAAGGAGCUGCCAAUGGAGCCAACAGUGCCAACAACAACGGGAAAUCUGCUGCGAUUCCCCCUUCUUCUGCAGCCGUCAGUGUGAGCAGUUCAACAUCCACAGUCAAGACUGUGGCCCUUCCUGCUUCACCAGUCGUCAAGACGGCAAUGGUUGGAUUGGUAGACUAUCCAGAUGAUGAAGAUGAUGAGGAUGAAGAAGAGGAGGAAGAACAGUCUGUGAGGAAGAGGCCGCGUCUCAGCUCCUAAACUAUUGACUUCUGUGCAGUGAUGUUGGAUGGACACAAUGUCUCUCCCAAACCUAUGGUCCUGGACCAGCCUGUGUUCUCUGGCAGUUUCUGUAGUUGGGGAAAGACACUAUCUCUGGUUUGCCCUUGUCUGAACUCACUGUAGUUGGAAAUGGAGAUCAGCAGUUAUCUGGAGAAAGGAUUUGAUUUUCUUCACUCAAUAAUCAAGGAUCAAGACCCUUGUUUCAGCAACAUGUUUUAUUGACCUUUGGCUAAUUGUAUCAGCCUCCGUCAUGAUGUUGCCUUUGGGUUUUUAUCAUUCAUUAUUUGCUCCUCAAACCACCUACUUCAGACCAGAGGUUGCAGUGAAACUCCAGUGCCAAGGCGGUCCCACGCACUGCUCUGUUUGUUGCUAUAGCAACAGCAGUCAACCUGAUGUGGACCUGCAGCAUCUUGUCUUCAUUUCAAGUCCUGUAGACCCCCUCAAACCUGAUGGAACGGAUGACUUUAAUAGGCUGAGUAAGCCAGACAAACAACCAGUGAAUGAAUUGUGCUCAGAGCCAGUCAGGCUAGCAGGACUAGCCAAAAGAUGUAGAAAGCUUGACUGGUUGAAGCGGUAGUUGACAGAAUAAUUCAGGCAUGGGAGGACACCAAAAGGCUUGUUGAGCCAGAAGACACGAGGCCUUGUUUUAAGUUAGCAGGACUUCUAACAGUUGUUUUAGUCGGGCGAUAAACCACAUCUCACAGGACUAUGUUGGCCAGAAAUUUCACUUUGUUAAAAUUAUUGUACAGAUUUUUUUCUUUAUAAUAAUUUCUCCUGACCUGGUUUGAGAGGGGGACAAGCUGCCUACGUGUGUCUUUUUUGUUGUUACACACAAGGUGUGGUCACUAAUUUCACCCUUUCAGAGUUCAUUUGAUUCAAUGUAAAAUGCAGAGGAAUUGCAAUUGCUGGUUUUAAAAUGACUAACUGCAGUAAAGUACAUUUUUGCAGCCAAA